AUGAACUAAUCUUCUCCUUAAGAAAACCCUAAGAUGGUAGAGAAUGAUUUUAGUUUAGGAGUAGUUUUUACUGCUGUAUUUACUGCUAUUUUAGGAUUAGUUUUAACUGGUGCAAAAGCAAUAUUCACAAAGACAAAAAAUAUUGUAGUAGGCUAUGUCAAAGAAAAAAUAAAUAAUUUCUUUCACUGGGAUGAUACAUCUGCUCAUUAAAUAAAUAAGAAUCCUAACAAAAACAGAUUCGAUAUUAGAGUUUGCUCUAUUUGUUUGAAUAAUAUUAAAAAUCCUGUCAUGUCUGCUUGCAAUCAUCCUUUUUGUGCUGAGUGUAUAUUCAAUAUGUGGGAAACUAAGUAGAAAAAGAAAUUAAAUUGCCCUUACUGCAGAAGAGAUAUGAAUUUAUUAUAUAGAGAUUUUGAAGAAAAUGAAAUGAGAACUGAAGAAGAAAAAAAAAUCUUAAAAGAACUUAAAGAUUAUAACGCAUUAUACUCAGGACAUAAAAGAUCAUUCAUUGAAAUGAUUAGAGAUGCACCUUUUCUUUUAAAAAUGUUAAUGCUUAAGAUAAGAUAAUGGAAAAAUAUGUGGUAUGUUGUCACCACUAUGAUAACAAGCGGUAGAUUGAUAGCUUCCUUGCUAUAUAUUAUUUCACCGAUUGAUUUACUUCCAGAAUCAUUCUUAGGACCAAUCGGCUUAGUUGAUGACUUUGCAGUUAUUGGAAUUGCAUUAGUUAUAAUUGCUAACAUUUCUUACUAGCUCUUAAGAAGAGAUGAAUGA